CGCAGUCGAAUGUUGCGACCGGUAUCCGAGCCGAGUGUUUGUGCCCACCAUCACGAGCCGAGAGUAAAGAAAAUGCCUCCAUUUUGUUUAUUUUCGUCAAUGAAAAGCGAAUUCUCGUGCGAAAAAUAAAAUCCAGUCAGUGUCAAAGUUCGUAAAAAUCCGUCACGUGUCAUCAGUCCCACUCAUUACAUGUGUCUUGUGUGCAGCCCUCGCUCAGAGGGUAUAAAAAACAGCAAGAAUUGGUCGCGUCACGAGUAAGCACUUCGUCAAAUUGACUACCGUCUCCGGCACUAAAAACAGUACCCAUAACAAUUGCGGCAAUUGUUACGCGGCUGCGGACAAGGACCUCUUGGUGAGCGCGAGGAAGAACAAAGGUGUGUUCGGGUUCGCCAAGGACAGGACGGGGGCUGCCAGAACGCCGUCCCUCAACAUGAACCACGUCACGGGGCAGUACAGGCGCAGCGAAGACAACCCCCAGGCCGAGGUGGAGGAGAUGGAGACCCAGGAAGUCACCACCACCGAGUCCGUCACGGACACCGGGGGCGGCGAGAUGGACCAGCAGAACGGGGAGGUGAUCAUCGGGCCCCAGCCGGACCCCGGCAUGACGGUGCAGGACGCGGAUAUGGAGGAGGACGAGGCCCGCUCUGAAGCGACCUUCAGGUACACAGUGCAGCAGUUCAGUAAGCUCAAGGAUUCCGCCUUGUCCCCUGCUUGCUACGUCAGAAACCUACCAUGGAAAAUCAUGGUGAUGCCCCGAAACAGCCACGGUCAGGACAGGACCGCACAACGCUCUCUCGGCUUUUUCCUUCAAUGUAACGGUGAAAGCGAAUCUUCUUCGUGGUCCUGCUACGCCGUAGCCGAGCUACGCCUGCUGUCGGUUCGUCCUGAUGUGGAACCCUUCUCAAGAAAGAUACAACACUUGUUCUAUUCCAAGGAAAAUGAUUGGGGCUUUUCACACUUCAUGGCCUGGAAUGAUAUUCUCGACCCAGAAAAAGGUUACAUUAAAGAUGAUGCGAUUACUCUGGAAGUACACGUCGUCGCUGAUGCCCCGCAUGGCGUUUCUUGGGACAGCAAAAAGCAUACAGGUUACGUCGGUCUGAAAAACCAGGGAGCAACGUGCUACAUGAAUUCCCUUCUCCAGACUCUAUAUUUCACGAACCAGCUGAGACGUGCCGUCUACAAAAUGCCAACAGAGUCCGACGACUCGACGAAAUCGGUGGCGCUCGCUCUUCAGAGGGUAUUCCACGAAUUACAGUUCUGCGAUAAACCCGUCGGUACAAAAAAGUUGACGAAAAGUUUCGGUUGGGAGACUUUGGAUUCGUUUAUGCAACACGAUGUGCAAGAAUUUCUCAGGGUACUUUUAGAUAAGUUGGAAAGCAAAAUGAAAGGCACCUGCGUCGAGGGAACGGUCCCGAAACUUUUCGAAGGCAAGAUGAUUUCGUACAUCAGAUGUAAAAACGUCGACUACUCGAGCACACGGUCAGAGACGUUCUACGACAUUCAGCUGAACAUCAAAGGAAAGAAAAACAUUGAUGAGUCGUUCAAGGAUUACAUCGCCAAAGAAACGUUAGACGGCGACAAUAAGUACGAUGCAGGCGAGCACGGGUUGCAAGAUGCCGAGAAAGGAGUUAUUUUCUCGGCUUUUCCGCCUGUGUUACAUUUACAUUUAAUGAGGUUCCAGUACGAUCCGAUCACGGAUUGUUCGGUUAAAUUCAACGAUAGGUUUGAGUUUUAUGAAAAGAUAUCUUUAGAUUCGUAUUUACAAGAACCGGAUCCGAGUAAUCCGGCCAAUUAUACGUUACACGCUGUUCUGGUACAUUCUGGUGACAAUCAUGGCGGCCAUUACGUAGUUUUUAUUAACCCUAGGGGAGAUGGCAAGUGGUGUAAGUUCGAUGAUGAUGUUGUAUCUAGGUGUACGAAACAGGAAGCCAUCGAACAUAAUUAUGGCGGUCACGACGAAGACAUGAACAUGACAGUCAAACAUUGUACCAACGCGUACAUGUUGGUUUAUAUUAGGGAUUCAGAACUACACAACGUAUUACAAGAGGUCACCGACGCCGAUAUACCAAGCGAAUUAGCCGACCGACUAGCCGAAGAAAAACGAAUGGAACAGGUCAGGCGAAAAGAGCGCAACGAAGCCCACCUCUACAUGACCAUCAACGUCUUACUAGAAGACAGUUUCGACGGCCAUCAAGGCAACGAUCUUUACGAUCCCGACAGGCCGUUGUUCCGCGUCUUCAAAAUAAAAAAGAUGGCGUUAGUCAGCGAAAUGAUGGACAUGUUCGCCGACGCUUUCAAGUAUCCUACCGAACAGAUAAGGCCAUGGCCGUUCAGUCAGAGGUCGAAUCAGACGAUGAGGCCUAGCAUGCUGGAUUUGGAGGCGGACUCGCACAAGGCCGUCAUCGACACCGCCGAAAAUCAGAAUCCGUGGACGAUAUUCUUGGAGUUGUUACCGCCCGAUUCGGGCCUUACGAUGUUACCGAAUUUCGAUAAGGAGACCGAUGUUUUGUUGUUCUUCAAAAUGUACGACCCUAAGCAGAAAAAGAUACAUUAUUGUGGACAUAGUUACUUACCGGUUACUAGUAAGUUGAGCGAGUUGGUUCCGCUGUUGAACGAGAGGGCCGGCUUUCCGCCGGAUACGGAGCUGGUGUUGUAUGAAGAGAUUAGGCCUAAUAUGAUAGAGAAGAUUACGAAUUUCAAUGAGCCGCUGGAAAAGGUCUUGGACGAACUGAUGGACGGUGACAUAAUCCUCUUCGAGAAAGAAGAACGAGAAGAAUUCUCCGACUUACCAACAUGCAUCGACUACUUCAAAGAUUUAUACUACCGAGUAGAAGUAACCUUCGUCGAUAAAUGCACACCCAACGAUCCCGGUUUCACAAUGGAGCUCUCACAGCGAAUGACGUACGACCAGCUGGCGAGAGCUGUAGCCCAAAGGGUCGGCACCGAUCCAUACCUAUUACAGUUUUUCAAAUGUCAAAAUUCCGUAUCUUCCAGUUACAAAGACAGCCCAGGACAUCCUUUAAGGUGCACCUUUGAGGGCACCUUGAAAGAUCUCUUAGUAUUUUCAAAACCUAAGGCGCCUAAAAAAAUAUUUUACCAACAGCUCAGCAUCCGUGUUAAUGAAUUAGAAAAUAAGAAACAGUUUAAAUGUAUUUAUGUCGGUCCCAAUGUUUUAGAAGAGAAAGAAAUUAUUUUGUACCCGAAUAAAAGGGGGACGGUGGCCGAUUUGUUGGAAGAGGCGAAAAAACAAAUCGAGUUUGGUGAAGGGAGCACCGGAAAAUUGAGGUUUACGGAAGUUAGUUGUAAUAAAGUGGCGUUGGGUCCUAAAGAAGAUACGCCCCUAGAUCACCUGGUAAUCAACGCAGCUAAAAUUUAUAGGAUCGAAGAAGUGCCAAGAGAUGAACUGCAUAUAGCUGAAGACGAAAUGCUUAUUUCUUGUGCGCAUUUCCAAAAGGAGGUUUUCUCCACCUUCGGUUUACCGUUCUUGCUCAAAAUUAAGCAAGGGGAACCGUUUACGAAAGUCAAAGAACGUAUCCAGAAGAGGUUAGGUGUUCCUGACAAAGAAUUUGAAAAGUACAAGUUUUCGAUCGUCGCGAUGGGCAGACAACAAGUCCUACAAGAUGACGAGUAUGUAGUCAAUUUAGCAGAUUUUAGACCACUUCCUAAUCAAGCUGGAAGUCCAAAACCCUGGUUAGGUUUGGAUCAUGUGAACAAAGCCCCGAAAAAAUCCCGUUUUAAUUAUUUAGAGAAAGCCAUCAAAAUUUACAAUUGAGAGACUGAGGAAGCUUAUUUCACAACCUUGCACUUUUCGGCUCUGCAGUAUUGCCAGUUAAUGAUCAUGAAAUUCCCUAUCAAUAGUGGAAUCGAUAAAUGUAAGGUGCGGCUGCUUUGUCAUUUGGUGCUUCGUGUGAGCACAAGUCUUCUGCUGUGUGACACCAUUUUGUAUAUAAAAUAUAUAUUUGUUCAUGUCUGUCUAUUUAGAAUAUAUUCGCGCUAAAGCUGUU